UGCACCUGUGCAUGCAGCAUGUUCGAGCUGCAGGGAGGAGCGAGCUCAGCGCGGCGGCCCGAGUCGCGGCAGCCGGGUCUUUAAGCGCCGACCACGGCAGCGGUGGUCCCUCGAUCCCCGGCUGCUCGCCGCGUGGAGGGCGCUCGGUCUGCAGCGGGUCCCCGCGGGCGCGGCGGCCAUCCCGUACGGGGACCUUCGCUGCCUGCGCCGCGUCAGGCAGCGCGCCGGGCAGCCCGGGGCCAUGGCGGCGGCGGCGGUGGGAGCGCGCGGCGCGGGGCGCUGGCUGGCGGCGCUGCGCAGCCGGGGUGCGAGCGGGGCGGCCAUGUCUUCAGAUGCACAGUGGUUGACGGCAGAGGAGAGGGACCAACUUAUCUCUGGCUUGAAAGCAGCAGGGUGGUCGGAACUGAGCGAGAGAGACGCCAUCUACAAAGAGUUCUCCUUCAAAAAUUUUAAUCAGGCAUUUGGCUUUAUGUCCAGGGUCGCCCUGCAGGCAGAGAAGAUGAAUCACCACCCGGAAUGGUUCAAUGUGUACAACAAGGUCCAGAUAACCCUCACUUCGCAUGACUGCGGGGCCUUGACCAAGCGCGACGUGAAGCUGGCCCAGUUCAUUGAAAAAGCUGCCGCUUCUAUGUGAUCUCCUUCAGAAAGCAUGCGAAGGUCUAAUGCCUGACUCGUCUGCAGCGGUUUUUGAAAGCCAUUUGUUAAUAAAUUGUCAUAAAGUGGUUCAUAUUUACAUGUAUAUUUUUGUAUGACUGAUGCUCAAAUACAGAAUGAUUUGAAGUCAA